AUGAUGGUUGAUUUUAUAUUUAUUGGAGGUUCUCCAGGUAGUGGUAAAACAACUGUAUCUGAAUUAAUUCAACAAGAUAAACAAUGGCCGUUAAUUGACUUCGGUUGUCUACGUGUUUUUCAUUUGGAUAAACAAUGGUCAAAUCAGUCCGAACUAGAAGAACAAAUGUCAUUUGAAAACCUAAUUUUUAUAUUGAAGAAUUACCAUCGUUAUUCUUACAAGAACGUGAUGGUUAACGAUUUACGAGAUGAACGUUUAGAACAACUGUCAAAAUAUUUAUCACAUGAUCAGUAUAGAUAUUUAAUAAUUACAUUGGUCGUGAGCGAUGAUAAUUUAUUAAAACAACGUGUACUUGGUCCGCGUGAUAGUGGAUUUAGAAAUUUUGAACGUGCUAUUGAAUGCAAUAGAAACAUUAGACAACGAUCAUUGUGUGUACAUGAACAUAAAUUAGAUAACACAAAUCAUACACCAAGACAAACAGCAGAUCAAGUGUUACAAAUUAUUGAUGACUUUUGCUUAAGAAAUAUAUCGGACUACCACAAAUAA